AUGGCGUAUGCGGAUGACGUAGCGGUGAUGGUGGAAGACGAAGAUGGGAUGAAAGGGUUAAUGGCGAGACUGGAAAGGUAUAUAGAGGAGAAAAAGCUAAAGGUGAAUGUGAGAAAAACAAAGAUGAUGAGAUGUAUAAAGGGAGGCGGGAGGAGAGGGAAGAUGACAUGGAGGUGGAAGGGCGACAAGAUAGAGGAAGUGAAGAAGUUUAAAUAUUUAGGGUACAUGGUGAUGGCGAACGGGAAGCAAGAAGAGCAGGUAGAGGAGAGAAUGAGGAAAGGUGCGGUGGCUAUGAGACGAGUGUGGGGGAUAGGAAAAAGGAAAUUUGCGUAA